AUUGACUGAAAAAGAACUAGUUUUCGUAACAUGCAUUAUUCUCCAGCCCUUGUGAGUAAGUAUCGCUGAACUGUUAAGGAAAUGUAAAGAUGAAAAAUGCAAAAAAGAAAAAAUAUAAAUAAGCCCAUAUAUAAAGCGCGAAGGCAUCAAUGAACAAGUUGCUUUUUCUAAUAGCACACAAGUAAAAAAGUAAGCAGAAUAUCAACACUAUCAUCUUAAGUGAAAGUGAAGGACUGUCCGUGUGUGAUAAAAAUUGUCUAUGUGUGUGUGCUUGUAAAUGUUAUCAGUGCCCAGAGGCGCGCUAAAAACGCCUACAACAACAAUAACUUUAGUAAUUGAUAGACGUUAAUACUCAAGGACAAGCAUUAGUUCAAUUUGGAAGUGGAGUUAAAGUUGGAAGUUGUUGAGCGGAAAAAGCGACAAACGUGCGCAUAAUACUAAUAAGCAAUUAAGGGCCAUGAACCACCAACAACAAGGGGACGAAGUCACAAGCAAAAAUAACUGACCGCAAAAAAAUAAAGAGUCAAAACUUAACAUAACUGAGCAAUAAAACUAGUCAUAAUUUUUUUCAUAUGGAAGCGACCGCAAGUUCCAGGUUUAGUGAUGUGGACGAAUACGGCUUCAGACGAGGCGAGCAUUUCGACUACGAAAACUAUGGAAAGUUUAUGGACAAAUACUUAAAGACACUGACGCGCCGUCGUAUCAAAUGGGAGGCUAUACUUAAACAAAAUCCUGAUCUCAGUCAGCCAGAUGCUAAGCUCAAACGAUAUAUACGAAAGGGCAUACCAGGACCCUUUCGGACCGAUGUGUGGAUGAAGAUAAGUGGCGCCGAAGCCGCAAUGAAGAAAAGACCUGGAUUAUAUCGUAGCUUAUUGAAUAUCGAUCAUUUCAUCAAAGAAAUUAACGAUUCCAUAUCUAUUGAUCUACCUCGUACUUUUCCCGACAAUAUCUACUUUGAUUCGAAAAAGGAUCGUCUCUUUAAUAUACUCAGCGCUUAUGCUCAUCACAAUCGCGAUGUGGGCUACUGCCAGGGGCUCAAUUACAUAGCCGGACUGCUACUUAUUGUCACCGACGAUGAGGAGAAGUCGUUUUGGCUGCUCAAGCAUAUCGUUGAAGAUAUUGCGCCUCAAUACCACUCGCAUAAUAUGAGCAGUCUGCUUCGUGAUUUGGCUGUAUUUAGAGAAUUGGUAAUAAGACGAGUUCCAGCUGUCAAUAGGCAUAUUGAAAAAUUAGAGCUUCCAUAUGCGGUAAUAGCUAGCAAGUGGUUCAUCUGUAUUUUUGCCGAAGUUCUUCCCGUUGAGACUGUGCUGCGUAUAUGGGAUUGCGUCUUCGCCGAAGGCCAUAAGGUUGUAUUUCGAGCUGCCUUGGCUAUGUUUGUCACACAUAAAACCGCUAUACUGGCCUGCCACGACAUCGCCGCUUUGGUUACGCUUUUUCGCGAUACUAUGAUACAGGAUAACAUUGUAACCAACUGCCAUAGCUUUAUAGAGUCCAUGUUUUCGCUGCGUUUGACACACAGUGAAAUUGAAAGCUUGCGAAAAGUAGCCGUGCUAAAUGCAAACUAAGCAAAUAAUCAAAAAAAAAAAAA